UUAAUAAAUCUACUUGUUUCUGUUGUAAAAAGAGAUGAUUUUUUUAUGUGAAGGAAAUACAGGAUGGCUUACAAAGAGUAACAUAACUCGCAGAAAUUGGGGAUUAUAAUUGUUAAUGGACAAAGUUUCUUAUACAGCUAAGAAAGUGCCUUCCACAUGUUCUAAGAACCUGGGGAUCACUGUAAAAGAAGAUUUAACACCAUAAGAUGUCGGUUGCCAGCUCAGGAUAUGAUUCAUGGAGUAGGAGAAAAGGGAGGCAACCCAAUGAGAAUCAGUUACGUUCUAAAUCUAGGUCAGCCACACGUUCUCAAACCAACCAUCCAAUUUACUCCGUGUUCAGGAAUCCUCAGGGUUACACAGAAUUAAAUCUGAGCAAGCAGCUUUUAACAGUCGUCCCACAGGAAGUGUCUCAGUUCAACAGACUUGAAGUCCUGAAUCUGUCCCAUAAUGCAUUAGAUGACUUGCCAAGUUCCCUCGCACGGAUUCGAACACUGAAGUUUCUUCUGGUAGCCAAUAACCUGUUAACACAUCUGCCUGAGACGAUCACAAAUCUGACACAUCUGAUAAUGUUAGAUUUAACACAUAACAAAUUAACAAGUCUUCCACAGAAUCUGGGGUCAUUACGAGUCUUACAAACACUCAAACUAGGUCAAAAUCAAUUUGAAACUUUACCACAUGACAUUGGUCACAUGACCAUAUUAAAAGAUCUUGAUCUUCAUAGCAACAAUCUGUGUUAUCUCCCUUUUACAAUUCAAGGAUUACGAAAGCUCAAAUAUUUAAAUCUGGCAAACAAUCGUUUUGAUCAAGUGCCAAUACCAGUCUGUAAUCUGCGUUCACUCAAAGUUCUCAAUUGCCGUGGAAACAAUUUACAAAGCCUUGCACCUGAUUUUGAAGCUCUUACAAAUCUGAGGGAACUCAAUUUAUCCUACAACCGUUUUGAAAGUAUUCCAACAGCUAUUUAUAGUCUAAGUGAACUGAGAUAUCUGAAUUUAGCAGGGAACCAGUUAAAACAUGUGUCCCAUCACCUGACCUGUUUACAAGGACUCCAGGUUUUACAUAUUCAGGGGAAUCACAUUACAUCAUUCCCCGAUGGGUUUGUUCAGAUGCAGUAUCUAAAUAUAGCAUCCAAUCAACUUACAACUUUAUCUGUGGUCAACAGUCGAAGACUGAAAUAUUUAAAUCUGAAAAAGAACAAUCUAGAGAGUAUGCCACUGGGAGUUUACAAUAUUGCUAGACUGGAAACAUUGAAUCUGAAUAGUAACAAAAUCACCAGUGUUUCUAAGGACAUUGUACAACUAAAAAAGCUGAAGUAUUUAGAUCUAGGUGACAAUGUUCUCUCCGGUUUUCCAACUAUAAUUGACAAAAUGAAGAAGCUGGACUACUUCAAUCUGAUUGGCAAUAAUAUAAGUCAUCAAGUCAGACUAAAGAACAAAGAUAAUCCUGAACAUACUCAUUUCCGUAAAGCAAAAAGUGCUCACAAGCAAAAAAUAUCAAGUUCAAGAUUACAAACAAUGCAUCAGUUAUCUAUGAUUGGUUCAACACCAAAACAUUCUCAGAAAUCAAUGUUUUAUGAAUCACAUGACCUAGAUGAACUGUUGCAGAAUGGAUUCUCGAGAAAAUUACUGGAUAACAAUUACGGAUCAGUUAUAAUUCGACGAAAAUCGGAAGACUUUUCUGAUGACUGUUCGUCCUUGACCUUACAGAACCAUUUUAUUCGAGGUAACAAGAGUGAUGCUGGGCACAGUAUUGUUACCUCCAAGACAGAAGAUGACCUGUUUGGAAUAUUAAACCAGUUAGAGACCUUCCUAAAUCAAGAUUUUAGAGACCCAUCUAAUAUCUCUCUGUCGGGCAGGACAGUAACUAGCAGUAUCUGGGACUUUAAUGAGAACAGAUCCAGUCACAAUGUAAUGGGAAUUGUUCUCUCAAGAACUGAGAGUUUCUCUGUCACUGAGGCUGGGGGCAACUUCAUAUCAGCAGUUGAACCUAACAUGUCCAUAUCUAUACCUCCAAAGUCAAUUAGUGGAACAUUACAUGCUAGUCUUAAGAUAAUCAAGGUUGAGAAAGAGAUGUUAAGUAACCUUAGAGAAGACAAUACAAUCAUUGCUAACCUCUUGUCUGUUGGACCUAUUGUCUUCCUCAAGGCUAACAAAGAUACAGACUUCAACCAUCUAGUAACCAUGACAAUACCUUCACCAAAACAAACAUCACAUGGACAUUUAAUUCUACUGACAAUCAGGGAAGAUAACUCAUGCAUACCCACAUCAAGUGGUCACAGACAGAGACAUGGAUAUAUCACUCUAAAUGCUUGGCAACUAACAGGAAAAGUAGCUGUGAUAACCCAGGCAAAAUGUAAAUACAAAGCUUGCAAAUCUAUGGAGAUGUUACUGAAAGUCAUAGAACAAUCUGUAUAGUCACUUGUCAUUUAUAAAACUCAA